UACCAACUCGGCGAACAUGUGAGUUGUUUACCUGAAACCAACACGUGUGCUCAGCAGUUUGUUAACAAAUUUCUAAAUAAUUAUGGAUAAAAAGUUGUCUCAAAACAAAGUCCGGACUCCAAGUACAAAGGAAAUGGCCUUCGACUUUAAGGAGUUCUUGGCAGCCGAGGAAGAGUUCAUUUCAGAAGUUUUUCAGACCUUGCAGAUUGAGGAAGAAGAAACUAGUGACAGCGAGGAAGUUGUUGUGCCUGCUAAAAAGCUGAAGACUGCGGACAAAAAAGAAAGUCAGGAGGAAAGCGCCACAAAAGUGAAAGACGAAGCUCGAAGAAAAACUCUUAUAGAAAAGAGGCGUAACAAAAAAGAUGCCGUUAAAUCUUCAAAAACUAAAAAUCAAACAUUCAAGACGAAGAGAAAAGAAAAGAAGUUGCUACAGAAAAAAUUGAAGAGGACAAAAGAAAAGAGCAAUGGUGAAAUUAGCGAAAAUAGUGAAGAGGUGGAAGUGGUGGACCCACCGAAGCCCAAAACUGUAGAAAAGCCGGUGUUCAAUGCUGACGGCAAAAUGGUGUUCAGCAAGUUCGAUUUCAGCAGCUCGGCGGGUGGCGAAAGAGACAAGGCCAAGAAGGUGGAAAAGGACCCUCGCAAGCUCCUCAAGCAGAUCUCCAAGCAGAAGGAAAAAAUUAAGCAGCUGGAGGAGAGCAACGAAAAGGACAAGGUCAACCUGAUCAAGGAGAAGCAGUCGUGGCAAACGGCCCUCAAGAGAAUCCAGGGCGUCAAGGUCAAGGACAACCCAGAGUUGUUGAGAAAGACGAUCGUCAAGGACAGGCAGAUCAAGAAGAAGAGCGUCAAAAAAUGGAAGGAGAGGCAGGAAAACUUGGACAACCUGCAAAAGUCCAAGCAGCAAAAAAGGACAGAGAACAUUGCGAAAAAGAGGGAGCAGAAGAGUGCCCAUGUGAAGAAAAAGGCCAUCAAGAAGGGCCGGCUUGUCCCUGGCUUUUGAUUAUGUAUCUGUGCUUUGUAAAUAAUAAAAUACAAAAAUUAUUUUUAUGGU